AUGGGCAGCAGUGUAGCAGGAGAGAAAAGAAAGGUAAACGUCCUAUCUCGACUAUCGUCACUAAGCGGCUUCCACGACCUUGAUGUUCUUGGAUCAGGAUGUGAUGGAUAUGAGGUAGAAGGGCUUCGGCUUAACGAGCCCGGGGAGGAGGGUGCCGAUGACCCUGGGGUAGAAUUAGCCGUCGCUGAGGCGGCUGUGUCACCGAUCCGGAUAGAAGCCGCGGCUGCAGCGGGAUUGCAGUGUGCGCAUACAAAAAUGUUGAAGCCUCGACCGUCGCAGCUAGUGCAGAUUGCGCCUCUUGAGAAGUAA